UUUAAUCCCUAAUAAAAUAAAGUUGACCAAGCUACAAAUAUUUUCUUUCCUGUCUUAACAGCUAAAAAUAAAAGAGGUAAAGCUAGGCUUGAACUGGCCGACUUAUGAUUUGAAUGAAUGUCAGAUCCUGCAUGCAAAAAUCCUAGAUAUCUUGCAACACCUCAACUUUUGCAAUCAUUUUCUGAGUGACAAUUUCUGAAAAACAUGCAAAUUAUUGUCUAGAAUUGUAAUGGGAGAAUUAUUUUGAGAAAAUUUUGGGAAAAGAAAAACUGCGGAUAAUUGUGACACUCGGUACAAACUGUAGAGAAGUUAGGUUAAGCACACCUGACUCAUAGAGUUGAAAAUAUUUGUCGAGGUAUGUGUCAGUGAAGUCCUGAGUGUCUCAUUUCUAAGCAACAUCAUGCUGACCAUAAAUGUUCUAUGUCAGGCCUCAACAAAUAUUUUCAGAUCUAGGAGCCAGGUGUGCCUAACCUAACUUCACUGACACAUACCUGCAACACAUUUAUAUGUGUAUUGCCAUAGAGAACUUUUUGUUCUCAUUUUUACUCUGAAGCAGAAAAACGGCAAUAUGGUACAGUAGUCACAUGUAUGCUGUGAAGAUCACAAAUACUGGUUAGUGAAUAGUAUGUCUGCAUACACCAGAAUUGUCAUACAUAGGUAAAGAAGAUUAAGUGUGCGGGUUAAUUUUCCACAUGUGAAAAAUCUGUAAUCUGAAGAUUAUGAUGGAAUGAACAUCGGUAAAUAUUGUUUAAAUUGUUCAUGUUCAUCUAAUGUAUUAAUUAAGCAUGAUUUCUGCUAGAAAAAAGCAGAGAGCAACAAUAUUAAUUUAUUCUUUUUUUUUUACUCUAAAACAUUUUUUUUUGAAUUAUUUACCUGUGUUAUAGAAGUGUUGGUUGUACAAAUCCAUAGGUGGCAAUGUUGUGUGGUUAACAUUGGACUAAGUUAAAAGUCCAGUAAUGAUAAGGCAAUGAAUCACCAUUCCUGUUUAGGAGUUACUGUACUUUGAGUAUUUUGACACCAUCAAUAUCAAAUAAGGUUUUGAAACACAGUUCCCAGAACUUUCCCUGCUUUGAAAACACAGUAAGGUAAGUUUUAUCAUCUUGUUGACAGUAUAAUGGUUACAACAAGAAUUGUCUAAAGUAUUAUAAAAUGCUUAUGUUACAGCUUUGUAGAAAGUCUGGGCCAACCCAUUAAACUUGUUAGCUAUUUGAAUGUUAGUCAGUAAGCUCUGAAAAUACAGUGGGGUAGGAUUUACCGGCUUGUUUACACAGUACAAUAGUUGCAACAAGAAUUGUCUAAAGAACUAUAUAAAAGUGAGAGAAAAUAUUUAUGAUACGGCCCUGUACAUAGGUGUAUCCGAUCCAAUAAACUUGGACGGUUGGGAUUUAGUGGUAAUAUAGGUGUGAAAGUGCUUAUGAACAUCCUGUUUCCUAUUUUACCAUGCUUAGACAGUAAUCAAUAAAUGAAUUGUUUCUACUAUUUUCUAAGGUACAUAUAUAUUAAUAUUAUAUAAAUAUAAAUAUUUUACUUUCAGUUAUUUUUCUUGAAACAUAUAACAGUAAAUAAAAAAAUAUUCACAAAACAAUGAUCUCUAGUAGUUGCAUUGUUUUGACAUUCUUUUUUGCACUCAUGAGUUGUACUUGCUAACUCUCAUUGUAAGCCUUGUCCAAAUUCAGAUGUCCAUGUUGAAAAAAAUUAUUAUUUUCUUACUUUAUAUAUGCAUUUUUGAAUAUAAAAAAAUUAUAAUUGAUUAUACCAAUACAACAAAAACUAUUGUAAUUUACCAGGCUUGCUAACUAUGCAGUAUUUGGGUCUAAACAUUUUUUUUCUGUUUUGAAUAUAGCAUUGGUCAUAAUACUUCAAACUCUCCAACAAUAAAAGAGCUUUUUUCUUUUAAAUAACUUACAAAGACUAACAGAAUUAUAUAGAGGAAAUAUAGAGCUUGUGAUUGGUUAUUAACCUGUGAGUAUAAAAAAAGCAGGUGUGUAAAUAAACAAGUCUUCUCAAAUGAUGAAGUGGUGGGCAGAGCCAAUAUGGUGGAUUCAAUAAAUAUUAUGAUAUCUAAGCCGAUAGAAAAGGUUAAAACAGAAAAGCUAUAUCAAGUAGUUAGGAUCUUUCUCUUAAGUCUGAAUAGCAGCAGAUAAUUGUAAUGUCAAAAGACAUUGAAAAUUACAAGGCGGUAUUACAGGAAAGUCUAAAUUUGGUUAAUCUUCGAUCUAUAGUUCAGUUCUAUGGAAAAUUUCCAGACAGAUAUCGGUUGAAGAUAUGGCAAUUGUUAUUGCAAAUCCCAAAAAAUCAAGCUGUCUUUAAAACAUUAUUAAGUCAAGGUCAUCAUAAAGUAUUUUUAUUACUAGAUCAACAGUAUCCAGUACCAAGUGGUGUCCUUCGUAGAGCUUUCCACAGAACUCUCUCCCUACUUGCCAAUUGGAGCCCUCUACUAGCUGAAGUGACAUUUCUGCCCUAUCUUGUUUUUCCUUUUGUGAAACUCUUUCAUUCAAACCUUCUUGUUUGUUUUGAAGUAGUGGCCACUUUCCUCUGUAACUGGUGUGAAAAUUGGUGUUGCUUUCUUCCUUACCCUCCUAUCAAUGUACUAAAUGUAGCUGAGAAUGUUUUAGCUUACCAUGACAGAGACCUACUACUCCAUUAUGUCAAACAUGGAAUUACUGGAGAGGUUUACAUCUGGCCUCUACUUUACACAGUGUUUUCUGAGAUCGUAGAAAAAGAUCAGUGGUUACAAUUAUGGGAUCACAUUUUUUCCAAUCCACCAUGUUUCAUGUUAUACUUGUCUGUAGCUUUGAAUAUUGUAGCGAGGAAGAGGCUAAUUGUCCUUACUCAUUCUGACCAGAUCAAAGAUUUCUUUGAAAAUGAAAACCUGUAUCAGGUGAACACUAUGAUUCAAAAAGCAUAUUAUAUACAGCAGAACACACCACUAGAUUUGACACCAGAGUCUAUUAUUCCAACAGAGUUUCUACCUUUACUAAAAGGAAACUAUUCAAGGAUAUUCAACCCCAAAAGGAGUCUAUCUAUUCAGCAAAUGUCUCGAGACACCAUUCUACCUACUGGAUAUUCUAUACAACUAUAAAGUUUGCAGUGUUUGUAAGUUUCGAUUUGUAUAAAUAAAAUUUGUUUCAUUAUUUGCUACCUCAAA